AUGUCCCGGCACGUGUUCCUCACCGGGCCUCCAGGAGUUGGAAAAACCACAUUGAUCCGGAAAGCCAGUGAGGUCUUGAAAUCUUCUGGUGUGUCUGUUGAUGGAUUUUAUACAGAGGAAGUCAGACAAGGAGGAAGAAGAAUAGGAUUUGAUGUCGUCACUCUGUCUGGCACCCAGGGCCCUUUAUCUAGAGUCGGGUCUGAACCUCCGCUGGGCAGGCGUGAACCCCGAGUUGCGCAGUAUGUGGUGGACCUGGCCUCCUUCGAGCAGCUGGCCCUUCCUGUCCUGAGGAAUGCAGAUCCCAGCAGUGGCCCGGGGCCGACAGUGUGUGUCAUCGAUGAAAUUGGGAAGAUGGAGCUCUUCAGUCAGCCCUUCAUCCAGGCUGUCCGCCAGAGGCUGUCCACACCGGGCACCAUCGUGCUUGGCACAAUACCUGUCUCGAAAGGAAAGCCACUGGCCCUGGUGGAAGAAAUAAGAAACAGAAGUGACGUGAAGGUGUUCACUGUUACCAAGGAGAACAGAAAUGGCCUUCUUCAGGAUAUUGUGGUGAGCGUUCAGAGCUGCAAGAAGUGA